AUGCUUGUUCCCAGUAUUGGCCGACCAAAACAUGUUCGAGUGAUGGCUGGUGCUUUGGAGGGGGACGCUUUUAUUGGUCCUAAGGCUGAAGAACAUAGAGGACUCCUGAGUAUCCGUUAUCCCAUCGAACAUGGCAUUAUCCGUGACUGGAAUGAUAUGGAAAGAAUAUGGGCUUACAUUUAUAGCAAAGACCAGCUCAUGGUUAGUAGUGAGGAGCAUCCAGUUUUGCUGACAGAAGCUCCGCAUAAUCCAAAAAGAAACAGAGAAAAGAUGGCUGAAGUUUUCUUCGAAACAUUCAGCGUGCCUGCACUUUACAUUUCUAUGCAGGCAGUCCUAAGCCUGUAA